AUGGCAUCUGACGCAACCGAAUCGACAUCCGUAUUCACGUUUUACCAUAUCGCUACCGCAGUUAUCACGUACUGGGUCUGUACAACUAUCUACGGCUUCGUCACAGCCCCAAGGCCACCCAACAGUUUACCAUGGGUGGGCUACGGAAAAAGCUGGAUUGCCGAUCUUCGCAACUUUAUCGCCGUCACGGAAAGCAAAUACUGGGUAUCGCAAGGUUACGAGAAGUACAGCCGUAAAGGCAAUGCUUUUGUGUUGCCUUCCACGCUUGGGAUGCCGGCCGAGAUUGUCCUUCCACCGGAUCAGCUGCGCUGGAUGUUCGAUCAACCAGACAAUGUCCUGAGUUCGCAAGCGGCCCACUAUGAUUUGUUGCGGGGCGACUACUCAUUCGUAGAUCCGGCAAUAAUUACCGAUUCCUACCAUGCGCAUGUGAUUCACAAACAUCUCGUGAAGAAUCUUAACGCGAUAAUACCGGGCUUAGCCAAGGACGCUACCGAUUCUGUGCGGAAUAUUUAUGGAACGGAUACUCAAGAAUGGAAAAAGCUGGAUUUGUUGCAGUCGUUUAUAGAUAUGAUCCCACUUCUCACCAAUCAUUUGCUGGUUGGAGAGACCAUAUGUUAUGACCAAAGGUUCUUGGAUGCUAUACUGGGCUUCACCGAGGAUGUUAUCAGAAACUCGGCUAUUCUGCUUGUGGUUCCGGACUUCCUGCAUCCUAUUAUUGGACCUUUGUUGAGUUUAGCUCCAAAGUACCACUACUGGCUCUCUUCGAAGUUUACCUUGCCGCUGGUCAAGCAGCGCAUUUCAGAGAUCGAGAAGAAGGAUUCCGGGGAUCCUGAAUAUAAGGACUGGCAGGAACCAAACGACUUUAUCACCUGGUGCUAUCGCACGGCGAAGCAAGAGGGCCGGCACGAAGAAAUGCAACCUGACCGCAUCGCUAAGCGCAUCUUGCCACUCAACUUUGCAAGCAUUCACACUACAGCAUUGACGGCCUACGACAUUUUGAGCCAGAUCAUAAGCGCUGGAUCAGAUGUAGUCUACAAGUUACGGGAAGAAGCUUAUCGUGUCCUUCAGGAAGAGGGUGGAUGGACAAAACAGGGCCUCAACC